CGCUGAGGGCCAGCCGGGUUCGGAGUGGCGCCGGCCAGGGUGGCCACCGGCGCUCCCUCGCCAUGGCCUAAGCCCGAGGCCGCUCCCCCGUCAGAUUCUGGCCUCAGGCAUCGCAGAGCCCGCGGCCCUCGCCGACGAACCCGUUAGACCCACGGGACUUGGCACCCUCGAACGCACACCAUCCCCGGGUCUUCCCUGCGCCCUGGACCAGUGGACCCGGCUUGAGGGUCCCCGCCUACCACCGAGAGGAGGGCCUAGAGCGGACAGGCCCGCCCCGCUGCUCCUCCCAGCCGCCUCUAUCCCGGAAGUUGAUGCCGAGCGCAGAUCGCGUGCAGCUUGCCAGCGGUGUAAGCUGAGAAGUCUGUGAGGGCUGGGCUUGCGAGAGGAUCAACAUGCCUUUGGCUAGAGAUUUACUACAUCCGUCCUUGGAAGAGGAAAAGAAAAAACAUAAAAAGAAACGCCUGGUACAAAGUCCAAAUUCUUACUUUAUGGAUGUAAAAUGCCCAGGUUGUUACAAGAUCACCACGGUUUUCAGCCAUGCUCAGACAGUGGUUCUUUGUGUAGGUUGUUCAACAGUGUUGUGCCAGCCUACAGGAGGAAAGGCCAGACUCACAGAAGGUACAUCAUUUGGCAUUCUCCAACCCAGUGAUGAGAUCUAUGAGUAUAAAUGUCUCCAUCUUCACUGAAAAGUUUAAAGAAAUCUUAAUGAUUACCAAAAUAACUUAUCUUUGGUUGUGUGCUUUCAGUAAAGAAUAUCCUGUUCAAAUGGAUGUAUUUAUACUCUUGACCUUGCAGGGAACUCCAUUGACGUAUUUUUCUUAGUUUAGAACACCAGUUCUUUUAUAUUUAUUCACUUAGUUUGCUUAACUUGGAAUAAAUUAAAGAAAUCAGAAUAGAAGCAAAAGAACAA